UGGGGUGAUGGGUAGCCGUUUCUGCCCUGCACAGAGGACACAGUCACACCAUAGCCUGUCUUGUCCGUAAAUUCUAUAUAACAAAAGCCAGAACUGAACCCCACCAUGCAAUACUCUUUCUGCCUCUGAAUAGAUUAUAAUUCAUAUCUUCAGUUCUUUCGAUUUCUAAUAGUCAGGUAGGAGAGAUAAGCUCAUCGGUCAACCGAGCUAUGGGGGCUGCCCUUUGAGUUCCCAAUCGCCAUAAACACCACCAGUCGAUCUGAUCCUCUCAGCUGCAACUCGAUUGAAGCUUCGAGCUUGGACAAGACCCAAAAGAAAAGAAUGGCAGGGGGGUCCCUCGGUCCUACGGGCGUGGCCAAGGAGCGGGCAGAGCUGUAUGAAGGAAGGGCUACCGCCUAUGUGAUCAUAGCUUGCAUUGUAGCCGCUGUCGGCGGUUCGAUCUUCGGUUACGAUAUUGGAAUCUCGGGAGGAGUUACAUCGAUGGACGGGUUCCUCCAGAAGUUCUUCCCCGAAGUUUACAGGAACAAGCAGCACGCUCGCGAGAACAACUACUGCAAAUACAACGAUCAAGUCCUUGCCUCGUUCACCUCUUCUCUGUACCUUGCUGGUCUCGUCGCUUCUCUCGUCGCUUCCCCUAUCACGAGGAACUAUGGGCGCAGAGCGAGCAUAAUCUGUGGUGGAAUCAGUUUCCUCAUUGGAGCAAUCUUAAAUGCAUCAGCUGUAAAUCUUGCCAUGCUUCUGUUGGGUCGGAUCAUACUCGGCUUCGGCAUCGGCUUCGGAAAUCAGGCGGUACCUCUAUACUUGUCAGAAAUGGCGCCAGCCCAUCUCCGAGGAGCAUUAAACAUGAUGUUUCAGUUGGCUACCACUCUCGGGAUCUUCACAGCAAACAUGAUCAACUAUGGAACUGAUAAGCUCCGGCCUUGGGGAUGGAGGCUCUCCAUCGGUCUUGCUGCAGUUCCUGCACUACUGAUGACAGUAGGAGGACUUUUACUUCCCGAGACACCCAACAGCUUAAUAGAACGAGGAGAAAGAGGGAAAGGCAGGCAAGUCCUAGAAAAGAUAAGAGGAACAGAAAAGGUUGAUGCAGAGUUCCAGGAUAUUGUAGAUGCGAGUGAGUUCGCAAACUCGAUAAAGCAUCCAUUUCGGAAUAUUCUGCAGAGGAGGAACAGGCCACAGCUUUUGAUGGCUAUUUUCAUGCCCACCUUCCAGAUCCUCACUGGAAUUAAUUCGAUCCUUUUCUAUGCACCAGUUCUGUUUCAGAGCAUGGGCUUUGGAGGAAGUGCAUCGUUGUACUCCUCGGCACUCACUGGGGCUGUGCUUGUGUCAUCUACUUUUAUUUCAAUUGCAACCGUUGAUAGAUUGGGUCGGAGGGCUCUGCUUAUUAGCGGUGGAAUUCAGAUGAUCACAUGCCAGUCCGUAGUUUCCUUGAUCUUGGGACUGAAGCUCGGGAACAACCAAGAGCUCACAAAAGAUUUCUCAAUACUGGUGGUGGUUGUGAUCUGCUUGUUUGUCGUGGCCUUCGGGUGGUCAUGGGGCCCACUCGGAUGGACGGUGCCGAGUGAGAUAUUUCCACUGGAGACCCGAUCUGCCGGGCAGAGCAUCACUGUGGCAGUGAACCUUCUCUUCACUUUCAUAAUAGGGCAGUCGUUCCUUUCCCUCCUCUGUGCAUUCAAGUUCGGGAUCUUCCUCUUCUUUGCUGGGUGGAUCAUCAUCAUGACGAUCUUCGUGUAUGUCUUUCUGCCUGAAACAAAGGGGGUGCCGAUUGAAGAGAUGACCCUCUUGUGGAGAAAGCAUUGGUUCUGGAAGAGGACACUGCCUGCUUACCCCGAAGUUGAUGAUAGUGAGAGUAGGCGAAGCAAUUGCGUGGACGUUAAUUAGAUACAACGAUGUAUGGCUGUCAUAAGCAAGCUUCCUAGGAUUAACGUAAGACAAUGCAUAUUAGCAUAUAUAAACAUAUAAACUACGCAGAGCGGUUCUCUUCUUCUAGCCCUGCAUUCACCUUUGUCAGAUUUUCAGCCUUCUUUUUUAGAGUUUCACCAGACGUGAAUAGUUCAAGCAAAUCAAAGAAGGGACUCGGACAGAGUUUCUAUCAAUUUGAUCUGCACUGCUCUGACAAAGAUAAUGUUUAAUGAUCACAGCAUAUUAGAAUA